UUCGGUUUACAAACAAAUCAAAGGAGAAGAAGAAUUGCACUGGGGUAACUCAAUUCAAAAGUUUGUGGACAAUGUAAUUAUAGCCUACACAGAGUCACUGGAUUUUCUGAUCUCGGUAGGGAAAUCAGUAGCUAAAUAAGUACAAUAAGAUCGAGGAAUGUAACUAUCAAUGAAUGCAAGCCAACAAGCUAGUGAGAAUAGAAGGCAACGAGCUAGCUAGCUAUUUGUAGCCAUUGCAGCAAUGUUAGGAUUGAGUGAGCUAGCUGUAAGAGGUCCUGUCCUGUGUGCAUUUUCACAUAACUUUAUGUAAUCUUGUGAACUGUAUCGCGCGUGUCACAAUAUCUAUUCAAUCUCUGCAAUAUGCUUCUUGUAGGUGCUUAAUAGUAAAGCUUGCUGAUUCCCCGAUGGUCCCACGUUAGAUACAGCAUGUAUCAGGUAAAUAGUGUGCCAUUAUGGUGUUGCCACUCAUUAUGAUGUUCACGACUUAACGUUAACAGGCAGACCAAAGAUCCUUGCGGCGCUCGUUAAAACCAUUCAGUUAUUGUCUUUUGUGCUAUGACAUGGCAUCGGAGAAGAGGGAUGAGAGAUGGGACUGGGACAGCCCCCGGUGCCGCGCACAACUGGAUGAAAUAUUUUUCCGCCAACAUGACUACAUCCAAACUGGAAGCCAAGAUCACAGGGAUUUCUGGGCUUUCUUUGAGCGUUUCCAGCGGUUCAAAGCCAGGAAGGAGUUGUCAGGUUCAAAAGACAAUAAAAACGAAGACCCAAAUAGCAGCAAAAGCCGCAAGAGUGGGUCUUUAGACUUGGGACUGCCCAAGGAAUACGAUGCUCGGUAUAGAAUUAACAUAUCAGUGAACACCAAGGAUGUAGAGGAUAAAAUGCAGGGUUGUGGACAUCGACAACGACAAACUUCCUCAGGCCCAGGCAAGCAGGAGAUCACAGACUGCCGUUUGGCCCUACUCCAUUUCCUGGACUUCUGCCAGAGGCAGGGCUUCAACAAGCUGGCCAAACUCCGUCAGGAGCAGAGGAGCCUACCUAUUUUCGUCUACCGGGACAGGAUAGUAGAGCUGGUUAAGGCUAACCCAGUGGUUGUAGUGGCAGGGGACACAGGUUGUGGAAAGUCCACCCAGGUGCCUCAGUACCUGCUUGCUUCUGGAUUCAAUUACAUUGCCUGCACACAGCCACGUCGUAUUGCAUGCAUCUCCCUGGCCAAGCGGGUCAGCUUUGAGAGUCUGAACCAGUAUGGCUCUAAGGUUGGGUACCAGAUCCGCUUUGAGACCACGCGCACACUGGCCACCAAGCUCCUGUUUCUGACCGAGGGGUUGCUGCUGAGGCAGAUUCAGAAGGACUCUUUGCUAGACCAGUACCAAGUGCUGAUAGUGGAUGAAGUGCAUGAGCGGCAUCUGCACUGUGACUUCCUGCUGGGGGUCCUGCGGGCACUCAUUAGCUCGAGGUCUGACCUACGAUUGGUGCUCAUGUCCGCCACCAUCAAUAUCAAGCUCUUUUCAGAGUACUUUCGUGGCGCGCCUGUGUUGCAGGUGCCAGGCAGGCUCUUUCCCAUACAGGUGAUCUACCAGCCUAUCCCUCCAGAGGAGCAGGUCUCCCGCUUAGAGAAGUUGGACCCCCGGCCGUACCUCCGCGUGCUCCAGGGGAUCGACCAGCGGUACCUGCCUGAGGAGAGGGGGGACGUGCUGCUGUUCCUCAGCGGUGUGGCCGAGAUCUCCACUGUGCUCGAGGCUUGCCAGGCCUAUGCCACACACACUCAGCGCUGGAUCGUCCUCGCCCUCCACAGCACACUCUCUCUGGCUCAGCAGGAUAAGGUUUUUGAUAUAUCUCCCACUGGUGUGAGGAAGUGCAUCAUCUCGACAAACAUAGCUGAGACUUCGGUGACCAUUGAUGGCGUACGCUUUGUAGUGGAUUCAGGUAAGGUGAAGGAGAUGAGUUUCGACCCGAAGGCGAAGAUGCAGCGCCUGCAGGAGUUCUGGAUCAGCAGGGCCAGCUCUGAGCAGAGGAAAGGUCGAGCGGGCCGCACCGGGCCGGGGGUCUGCUACCGCUUAUAUGCCGAGUCUGAUUAUGAUGCGUUCGCUCCCUAUCCGGUCCCGGAGAUUCACAGGGUGGCGCUGGACUCCCUGGUGCUUCAGAUGAAGAGUAUGGACCUGGGAGACCCUUGUUCCUUUUCCUUUAUUGACCCCCCAUCGGCUUCAAGUAUCCAGACGGCGUUAACGUACCUGAGAGAUCAAGGGGCUCUGGAUGCCUCAGGAGAGCUCACCACCAUAGGGAGGCUGCUGGCCUCGCUGCCUGUGGACGUGGUCAUCGGAAAAAUGCUGGUGUUGGGGUCCCUGUUUAAUCUGGUGGAGCCGGUGUUGACGGUCGCAGCAGCUCUUACCGUUCAGUCUCCAUUUUUGCGAAGUGCCCAGCACAACCCAGACUGUGCCACAGCACGCCAGCCCCUCCACAGCAACCAAGGAGACCCCUUCACCCUCCUCAACACCUUCAACGCCUGGGUGCAGGUGAAGGGGGAGCGAGGCGGUGGGUCCAGAAAGUGGUGUAGGAGGCGUGGGCUGGAAGAGCAGAGGCUGUAUGAGAUGGUCAACCUCCGCAGACAGUUUAAGGAGCUGCUGAAGAGCCAUGGCCUGCUGGAGGAGCAGGGCACUGGCGUUGUGACCCCUGAGGAACGCAAGCGCCGGCGGGAAAGACUGACGGAGCGGCACCAGUUGCACCAGAUCAAGCGUGAGCACGACCUGCAGGAGGGCAGCCGCCGCAAGGUGCUACGCCUGGAGGAGGGGACGGAGGACACGUCCGGCUCAGACGACGAGACGUCAGGAAAGAAAGGAAAAGAUAAGAAGGCAGAUGGACAAAGUGUGGACAUACAGGAGGUGAAAUUUAAGCUGCGUCACAACGUUGACCAGCUCCAGGAGGUGGCCAGUGCCAGUCAGGACCUCCCAUCACGCCAACAGGCCCUGCUGAAGCUGGUGCUGUGCCGCGGGCUCUACCCACAGCUGUCUCUGCCCGACGAGCACAACGCCACCCGGAAGGACUCCGAGCAGAUCUUUCACACACGGAAUAAGCAGGGUGUGGUGAUCCAUCCCACCAGUGUUUUUGCCAGUGACCCAGAGGUUCUACAUGUUCCUGACCAGGAGGGGAGCCAGCCUGGGGCAGAUAAAGGCCAGAGCAGUAGACACCAGCUCCUGGCGUUCGUCACAUUGCUGGAGACCAACAAGCCAUAUGUGUCCAACUGUGUGAGAGUUCCAGCCCUGCAGGCUCUACUGUUGGUCGCAAACUGUCUGGACAGUAACGGCAACUGCACGCGCUUGGUGGCAGACGGCUGGCUGGAGCUUUGUCUGAGUGACGGUGAGAGGACCCUGGGCGUCAUCUCCUCUGCGCUAGAGCUGCGUGCCGAGUGGGAGCGCCUGCUACAGGCUCAGCUCAGCAAGCACAGGCCCUCUGGCCGGGACCUGGAACGACUGAGUGAUCGGCUGGUGCGCUUCUUGCUGUACACCGAGGUCAACUACAGCGUGCGCCGCCUCACGGGUCUCCAGGCCCAGAAUCUGUACGUGGGGCCCCAGCGAGACCCAGAUCCUUCAGACGCCCUGGCUCUCCGCUCCGUCUUCCGUGGGGUGGAACCCAAGCCCGACCCCAUCAAGGGAGGACUUCGAGUCAGCAGCUACUUCACCUACAACUGCCUCAGUGACCCCACCGACCUGUACAGUGAGUGUCUGCGCACGUUUUGGACCUGCCCGUUCUGCGCCCUCUACAUGCCCUUCACGCCCCUGGAACGCAUGCAGCACCAGGCCGCCUGCAAGCCCCCAGAGGAGAUAGCUGCACAGGAGGCUGAGGCAGAGUGUGAAAGUGAGAAGGCUGUAAAGCCUUCAUCCUCCUCCCUGACUCGCCUCUACCACUGUGACAUCUGCAACAAGGACCUGACCCUCACUUCCACCGAGAUUCUCAAACACAAGAGGCAGCACACAGUGGCAAGCUAAGAAAUACUGCUGCCAGAAGCUGCCAUUGUGGGCCCAGGCCUGGGGUCUCCACAGAUUCACCAGGAGAUGUGGUUCAGAACAUGCACAAGUCCCUGUCACUCCUGUUUGUAUGAUUGAAGCAGAACCACUGGAUGAAGAUGAAAAUGGGAACCACUUCCCCUUGUCAUAAGUCCCAUAUGAUGUUGUCUUUAAUAAAUGUAAGAAUGUAUGUUUUUAUGA